AUGGCAGCGUCCACGUGGCCAGACAUCUCUCACCUCUCUAUCUCAAAGCCGGAGAUGGUCAAUGUUCUGAUGCAGAUGGGCCAACAGGUCAAGUGGCCUCAGAAGAUGAAAGCACCCAAUUCUUUCUGGAACCCUUGUCUUUGGUGCGACUUACACCGCGACCACGGUCAUAAAACGGAGGACUGCAUCGCAUUAAGGAUUGAGGUCAACGAACUGCUCAAGAAAGGACACCUCUCGGAGUUCCUUUCCGAGAAGGCCAAGAGCCAUUUAACCAAUGAGACAUCCAGGAAGCCCACUGAAGCUGCUUCCGCCUUGCCACCUCGACAGGACCGAGUGAGCCACUUGAUAUCAGGAGGUGCGAAAGUCAGCGGCAUAAGCCAUGCGGCCGAGAAGAAGAGCACCUGGAACGCCAAGCACGGCCUAGAGGCAGCCAAGCCAAAACGCAUGCUCUUCGGUACGGACGAAAUAAGUUUCACGGCCAAGGAGCAAGAAAAGGUCCUAGCCCCACAUCACGACGCCUUGGUGAUAUUGCACACUGUGCGAAUUGCCUGGUGUAGAGUAUAUUGGUAG